AUGGUGAGAGAUUUGAGCAUUGUAGACAUCACGGCUAUUCAACGAGUUCGCCACUCGCUCUCACAUGCCCGUUGUGGCCGUCACAAGGGUUGUGUGAUAGAGAGCAACCCUUCGCCCCACGGCGGGCGUGGCGCUCUGCCUUCUGAAGGUGGCAGCCCCUCUGACCUCCUUUUCCUUGCCGGCGGUGGUUCAGCCCUUUUGGUUAGGGAUAGGAUGUUGAGCAUCAAGAGGGUUCCCACUGUGGUUUCCAAUUAUCAGAAGGAGGAGGAGGCAGGGGAGGGUGCUGCCGGAGGAUGUGGUCGGAAUUGCCUCAAAAGUUGUUGCAUUCAAGGUGCGAGGCUGCCUUUGUAUACUUUCAAGAGUGUGGACAAGGUCGAUGGAAAGGAGUUGCCUUUGCUUGGAUGCGAGGAGCAUUGCCCCGUGGCAUUUUUGGACUCGCUUAUCCUUGGGGAGUGGGAAGAACGCAUGCAGAGAGGGCUUUUUCGCUAUGAUGUCACAGCCUGUGAAACCAAGGUGAUUCCUGGGAAGUAUGGUUUCAUUGCUCAGCUUAAUGAGGGUCGCCACCUCAAGAAGAGACCAACUGAGUUCCGUGUUGAUAAGGUCCUCCAGCCCUUUGAUGAAAGCAAGUUUAACUUCACUAAAGUUGGGCAAGAAGAGGUUCUAUUUCAGUUGGAGGCUAGCAAUGAUGGGGAAGCUCAAUUCUCUCCAAAUGCUCCAGUUGAUGUUGAGAAUUCUCCUAGUGUUGUUGCCAUCAAUGUGAGUCCUAUUGAAUAUGGGCAUGUGCUGCUAAUUCCUCGAAUUUUUGAGUGUUUACCUCAAAGGAUUGACCAUGCAAGCUUCUUGCUUGCACUUCACAUGGCAGUUGAAGCAAGGAAUCCAUAUUUUAGGUUGGGUUACAACAGCUUGGGUGCAUUUGCAACCAUUAACCAUCUCCACUUCCAGGCAUAUUACUUGGCUAUGCCUUUCCCCAUUGAGAAGGCUUCUACUAAGAAUAUUACCAAAUUAAGUGGAGUGAAAGUAUCUAAACUGUUGAACUAUCCCGUCAGGGGCCUGGUUUUUGAGGGUGGUCAUACGCUAGAGACUUUAGCAAAUGUUGUUUCAGAAGCCUGCAUCUGCCUUCAACACAACAACGUACCAUACAACGUACUUAUUUCAGACUGUGGAAGACAAAUCUUUCUCUUGCCACAGUGCUAUGCAGAGAAACAAGCUCUUGGAGAAGUGAGUGCUGAGCUUCUGGAGACCCAAGUGAAUCCUGCUGUAUGGGAAAUUAGUGGGCAUAUGGUGCUGAAGAGGAAGAAGGACUACGAUGAGGCAUCUGAAGCCAAUGCUUGGAGGCUUCUUGCUGAGGUUUCCCUCUCUGAAGAGAGGUUUCAAGAAGUCACCGCACUUGUUUUUCAAGCCAUUGCAUCUGUUGAGAUGAAUGUCAAGCCUCAAUGUGCUGAGGAUGUUGAUGCUGUUAGCCCAAGCACUCAGCCUGCCAUGGUGGCUGGUUCACAGGAAUGCCUUGUUCUCCAGUAA